CUACAAUGAGAGGGGGCAGUCAGAACGACUGUUAAGGUUAGAAGCUGAUCCUCGAUGUGUAGCUAUCUGGCUGUGCUCGAAAUGCAUUUUGUCUGUCUUUUUAUUUAGACAGACAAAAGGCUCUCAAAUGAUAGCCUAUUCAUAUGGGAAUUCAGAUACAUUUCAUAUCGUUUUACAUAUGCAUAGACUCGACCAAAUUUAAAAUGGUCGGUGUAAGGAUUGUGCGCAUUAUCCUGAUACUGGUUUUAUAUCAGCAUGUCGUCUCUUACGUUCCUCCUCCUGUCAACGUGCGCCUGAUCUGCCACAAUUUCCACAAUGUGAUCUAUUGGAACUACAGUGAACCAUCUCUACAGCCACAGUUCAAUGUGGAAAUGAGAAGAAUACAUUCUGGUGCUGCCUUGGUUUGUUCAAACACUUCACUCUACCACUGCGAUGUCUCCUCAUUUACCAAAGUAAUUGAAGAGGGCUACCGUUUCAUAUUAACUGCUGUUGUUGGACAGAAUACAAAUUCCUCUGAAAUUUCAUUCACCUACGACGAUAUUGUGAAAUCAGACCUGGUGGAUGUACAGUGCUCAUUGGAUUUCCCACCUGUCAACAUCUCAGCUGUAUUUGAUAAAAUGAUAAAAGUUCAAUUCAUUCACCCGUUUCACAUCUACAAACAUGCCAUCAUCAAAUAUGAAAGACCGGAUCAUAAGGAAUUUGAUUACAUGGUUAUCACAGAAUAUCACUUGAAACAACAUAGCUUUACCUGCUCCUACAAGCAACACCAUGUGUGUGAGGCUGAAAUACCAGUCGAUGGAGAGAUGGACAGGCACUGCAUCAAGAUAAAAGGAAAAAUGAAGAAUGUUCCUGUUUCAGCUCACCAGAACAUAUGCAUUGAGGAGAAGCAUGGGGAUUCCGGUCCUAGCUACACUGCCCUCUACAUUGUGAUCCCUAUCGUUGUCAUGGUUGUGAUUGUGUUCAUCGUGUGGCUGAUAUACAGUAAACGGACAACUGGCUCAUUCCCUCAAACAAAGUCUUUGGCUUCCAUGCUGUCACAUAUGGGUUCAGGUGUGUCCCUUAUGCACCCUGAGAGAGCCAUUCUGAGUGAGGUACAAACAGGUGGCUCCCCCCUCCUGCAGACCCCCGUGGAUUUUUUGCCAGAUGAGACCCUCACAGUCAUCAGUACCCCCCAGGAAGAGGUCCUCCGCCUCCCCAUUGGACUGAAGGACCAGGAGUGGAGCGGUGGGGACGUCAUGUCGCCCAACGAGGGGUCAGGCUCUUCACUGGAGGUAACGAGAGGGUUGGGACUGGAGGUGAAGAGGGACUUCUCUGAGCUGUCGGACUAUGACUGCCCCCAUAGACCUGUGAUAGAGGAGAUGAGUCCUGGGGACACUGUUACGGGAUACAAGAUCUGAGAUCUGAGUUU